GAGGAGCAGAAGAGGAGGUGGAGAGCUCAGAACCAAGUGGGAGGCAGCGUUUAUCAGUAUAACAAUGAGGGGAGACAAACAUCAAAUACUGAUCAGCAGUGCACACAGAAACCUUCGUGGUUCCAAAUUCAUGACAUGGCAACAAAAAUAAUCUACUUCACAGUGAAUGGGAGACCAGAACAGGCUGAGUUCCCUGUCGACUGCCCGGCCCAGGAUGUCAAGGAUCUGUUCCGUUCUGCAGCAGAGGCAGGACCCCAUGACAUUCUGAAACUGUACAACCCCAAAGGCAACAUUAUCAACAUCUCUCCGAGUCUGGAGCCCAACAGCCCCAACUCCUGCUAUAAGCUGGAGGUGGUGGCCACCGACUGCAACAGUGACCCGUUAGGUGCAGAGCUUGCUGGUGCACUAGGAUUUGAUCUCUCAUCCAUGGAAAAAAGAUUGCAGAGCCUGGAGAAGAAAAUCCUAUUCGAGGCUGGUGAGACUCCUGCAGUUGUGUAUGAGAUGAAGAAACAAGUGGAUUCAUUCAGGGAAAAACUAGAGAGUGUGGAGCAUCUAAGCUGGCUGGGGUUGUUUAAAGAUCUUUCAGAGGGAACUCACAAGCCUUCCCCGUUCUACCACAAAAGAGCCCUGCGUAAAACCAGGGAGGAGUGUGAACAUGUACGGGAAAAGUUCCUGCAAAUGAGCUCUCUGGAGGUAUCAGAGGGAGUGAGGCAGUACUUAAAGACCCCAACCUUUGAUAACUGGCAGUGGGAAGAUGCAGAAAUCAUGGUGCUCCUGCAGGUCAUGUACACAGAUUUAGAUUUCAUCGCGACCUUUAACAUUGAGCCUGAGGUACUGCAACAGUUCCUGUUUGAAGUCUACCGAAGAUACAACAACAUCCCUUUCCACAACUUCAAGCACUGCUUCUGUGUUACCCAGAUGAUGUAUGGUUUGAUCUGGCUGACUGACCUGAAGAGCAAGAUGGACAGUGUCGACCUGCUGAUCAUGCUGACCUCUGCAGUCUGCCACGACCUCGACCACACAGGCUACAACAAUGUCUAUCAGAUAAAUGCUCGAACUGAACUUGCUCUUCGCUACAAUGACAUCUCUCCACUGGAGAACCACCACUGUGCUGUAGCUUUUGAGAUACUUGAAAGGACAGAGAGCAACAUCUUCAGAAAUCUGUCCAUGGAUCAAUACAAACGGAUAAGGGAGGGAAUCAUCAAAUGCAUUCUGGCCACUGACAUGACGAGACACAAUGAGAUUCUCAACAAGUUCAAGCUCAUCCUGCCUGCUUUUGACUUCACCAACAAGGAUCACAGAGAUGUGCUAAUGAUGAUCCUGAUCAAAGUGAGCGACAUAUCCAAUGAGGCGCGGCCCAUGGAGGUGGCUGAACCCUGGCUGGACUGUCUUUUGCAAGAGUUCUACAACCAGAGUGAUGUGGAGAAGCUCGAGGGUCUUCCAGUCACCCCCUUCAUGGAUCGGGACAAAGUAACUAAGCCUUCAUCUCAAACUGGCUUCAUCAGAUUUGUCCUCCUGCCCCUCUUCAUUGAGCUGGCCAACCUCUUCCCCUGUCUGGAGCACCACAUUAUCGACCCAGUGCGGAAGGCCCUGGACUACUACACUGAAAUGGAAAAAGCACUGGAGAGGGAGAAAAAGAACUGGGCUCAGAGUGAGAAUGCAGCCAAGAGCAAGGAGGCAGCUGUUGGCAGACAGGACAGCCAGACAGAAGCUGGACCAGAGGCCUCAAAACCGGACAUACAGUGAACUAUAAUGGACACUGAUGAACUCAACAUCGCCUUUUUGAGUAAUCUGAACAUUUGUAUAAAUUGCAUGUGAUAUAAAUGUACUUGAGAUGUCUAAAUUUGAUCUUUAACUCUUUAUUUACUGGCCGUCGUCCCUGAGCCUGGCUCUACCGGAGGUUUCUUCUUGUUCUAAGACAUUUUUUUUCUGUCAUUUCCAAAGACCUUGGUCUGAGAGAAUUGUUGGGUCGGUAAUAUUAUAGGGUCUUGAAGUUAUGAUGUGAAGUAGAAUCAACUGAUCAAUUGCAAGUUUGUUGGAAAAUUGCUCAAUUAAAGAGGAAUGUGUCAGACUUCUUAAACAUACAGUUUAUAGAUGGUUUGAUGAACCUCAUUCGUUUUUGUGUGUGUUAAGUAACUUUAUUUACAGAAAAAAUGUCUAUCAUACAUAACAUUCAGAUUAUCCCUUUUUGUAUGACCAAAUAAACAACAACAAAAACAAACAAACAAUGAAUGUGUUCAGUCUAGUAUAAUCAAACUUGAUACACUACCAAACAUUUAAGAAGCUUCAAUUAGUGGAUUUUUAGAACAUUUGCUUGUGACGUUUGCAACAGAAUGAGUUCAUAAAUUUAUUUCUGUCAGUUAAUUAUUCAUUUGAACAACUAGAAAUGUACUGUCGGUUUCUGGGUGCCUGGUUAAAUCAUGAAACUCGCAUGUAUAGUGGUGGUAAGCACACGUUUGCCCUGAGGACCCUUCAGACGUUAAAUCCAACAACUCUAAGUUGUCUUCAGUUUGUUCUUGAUUUGUGUUUGUUUUCAUUCAGUGUAUAUUGCAGAAAUAACUACAACUAAAAUAAGUGUAGUCUGUAGAUAUUAAAAGGUGUAGCAUGCAUGACUGGACUAUAGGUGUCACCAUACAGUAGGUCCUGUCAUAGUGGACUCUGAAAGCAGGUCUGGGAUUGCAAAACCAAUAGAGGAUUAACAUGGCCAUUGUGUCUUUCAUUCACAUAGAACAGACAGUUUUGCAAAGGUUCAGAGUCAGUCACAGCACCCUGGCACCAUACCCCUGAGACCAUUAUUUGAACAGUAUUGGUAUUGUACUGCAGAUGGUAUAACACUUAAAAAUGUAGGUCUUUACUACAGAGAAAUUGUGAAGUCACGGUGUCAGCGAGUACAGCUUUCUUCAUCAUCCAAAGGCACUCAGAAACUGGGGACACUCGGACAGGAAGAGGUUUGGAAGACCCAAAGCCACAACAGAAUCAGAAGACAAGUUUCUGAGAGUCAACAGCUUGAUGAUAGGUGGCUCACAGGACAACAGCUUCAAGUACAGCUUAACCCUCAUCAGCACACCUAGGGUCCAUGUAGAAUUUCUCCAGCAGAGUUGGGAAGAACUUUCUGAAGAAUAUUUGAUUUUACAUAUGUUCCAUGUACUGUAUCAAAGGCUUUAUAAAUAAAUACUAAUCAAUCAAACCAACAAA